CACACCCACAGUAGCUCCAAAGUAGCACUAGAUACUAGUUAGCACUCUUACUAGUAACACUAGUGCUACUUUGGUAUACUACAUAGUUGUUUGCUACAGUAGCUGCAGCAUUAAAGAUGCAGAACCCGAGAAAAGGAGCACCAACCUUGCCCGUUUCAGGACAACCAAAGUCACAGCAAGCUCAAACUGCUAACGUUUGCGUUAGUCAGAAGUCAAGAUGGUCAUCAACGAUGAUGAAUUGCUGUGCAGACAAACAAAUCUGUUGCUGUGGUCUCUUUUGCUCUCCAAUACUAGCCUGUCGACUAUCAAAGAAAUAUGGUGAAUGUUUCUGUCAGCCCCUGCUACCAGGGGGGUUGACAAUGUUACGUUCAAGUAUGAGGCAACGAUAUAACAUUGAAGGUAGUAUUUUAGAUGAUGCUGCUGUGGUGUACGGUUUUGGACCAUGUGCCCUCUGCCAGAUGAUGCGAGAGUACAACUCACGAAAUCCAUGAGGUGCUAUUUUGACGGAACUAUUUC